AUGUCCCUUCCUAGUGCAAAUGAUCAAGAAAAUGUUGCUUCUCGAAAAAAAACAAUCAAGAGGAUCACCAUUAUUGCAGUUUCCUCUAUAGUAUUUGUUGGUUGUAUAGUGGCUGCUGUAGUUGGAAUAAAACUUGGCAAAAACAAUGGUAAUUCAUCAGCCAGCAAUUCCAAUUCUUUUUCCACAGCCAUUAAGGCUGUUUGUGACAUAACAUUGUACCCUCAAUCAUGUUACAACAGCCUUGGCCCUCUAGCCAAAUCAAAAGACCUUAACCCUCAAGACAUUUACAAAUUAUCCGUCCAAGUUGCUGUUGACGAGUUGUCAAGAGCAUCGGAUGUGUUCUUCAAUUUACCAGAAUUGAAGAACAUUUCCGAUCCUAUGGCUGUUAAAGCCCUAGAUAGUUGUCAUGAUCUUCUUUCACUUGCAUUGGAUAGCCUGAAUGAAUCACUUUCCAUACCAAAAAAGUCGUUAAGAGAGGCCUUUGCUGACCUCAAGACGAGGUUGAGUGCUGCUGGAACUUACCAGCAAACAUGCAUAGAUGGUUUAGGUAGUGCAGCUCCUGCAUUUGCUAGUGUUGCUUCACAUAACUUUAAGAAUUCAGGGGAAUCUACUAGUAACGGCUUGUCCAUUAUUGAUAACAUUGAUCAAUCUAUUCAGAAUUCAGCGGAGUCCAUUGAUCGCAUAGGACAGAUUGGGAGAAGGCGUCUUUUGAUGGAUUUUGAUGGUGAUUUUCCUAGCUGGAUGAGUUCAAAAGAUAGGAAACUGCUUCAAUCUUCAAAGGGGAAUGAUAACUUGAAGGUGGAUGUUGUGGUGGCUAGAGAUGGGAGUGGGGAUUUUACCAAUAUUGGUGAGGCACUUAAUGUUGUGCCUGAGAAGAGUAAAAAGAGAUUUGUGAUAUAUGUGAAGAAGGGUAUUUAUGUUGAGAAUGUUAGGGUUGAGAAGACUAAAUGGAAUGUUAUGAUGAUUGGUGAUGGCAUGGAUGCUACUAUUGUUUCUGGUUCUCUUAACUUUGUAGAUGGAACUCCCACUUUCCAAACAGCAACUUUUGCUGUGUUUGGUAAGGGAUUUAUCGCUCGUGACAUGGGAUUCCGCAACACAGCAGGUGCAGCAAAGCAUCAAGCAGUGGCCCUAAUGUCCACUGCUGAUCUCUCAGUCUUUUACCGCUGCAAAUUCGAUGCGUAUCAAGACACACUCUACUCGCACUCCAAUCGCCAAUUCUACAGAGAAUGCAAUAUCUAUGGCACUGUAGACUUCAUAUUUGGUAACUCAGCAGUUGUUUUCCAGAACUGCAACAUACUGCCCAAGAAACCAAUGCCUGGCCAACAAAACACAAUCACAGCUCAAGGCAAAAUCGACCCUAAUCAGAACACUGGAAUUGCUAUUCAGAAUUGCACUGUUUGGCCAUCAGCUAACCUUACGGGAGUAAGUACUUUCUUGGGUAGGCCAUGGAAGAACUACUCCACCACUGUUUACAUGAAUACAAUGAUGGCCGGUUUCAUUGAUCCUAAAGGGUGGUUACCUUGGGUGGGUACGACAGCACCAGACACUAUUUACUAUGUUGAAUACAGAAACUUUGGCCCAGGGGCUGUGACUAAAAAUAGAGUCAACUGGAAGGGAUUGAAACUGAAUAUUACUAGUAAAGAAGCUAACAAGUUCUCUGUUAAGCAGUUCAUUCAGGGUGACAAAUGGCUCCCAUCAACAGACGUCGCCUUCAAGAAGGAUAUCUAA